ACAUAAGUACUAUUAAAUUAAUAAUAGCUAAUUGUAUGUAAACUUUUAUCUGAGAUUGUAACUUGAGUGUUUCUUGAGAUGCAGUAAAUUUGUUCAAAACAAAGUCUAUAUUAACAUGUCUUUUUUUCUAGGUAAUUUUAGGUAAUGUUACUACAGGAAUAUACUUCAGAGAAGUCUCAGCAUUUCCCUAUCACCUGAGUAAACUUUGGUUUCAAAGUGUUGGAUUUAUAAAGAAACACUUUAUGGAAUUUAUGAGUCAAGUUACAAAAUUUUUAAAGAGUAACCUUACCAAAGAAAGGUUAUUAUUUGCCUAUAAAUAUUUUCAAAAAUAUUUAGAUUCCUACAUUAAUAAAAGGAAAUCAUUAAAUUCAAAUGAUUUGUUAAAACAUAUUGUUGAUAAUAUUUCACUGAAAUGUAAUGAAGAAAGAAGUGUAAAAACGAUUUUGUGUGGUCAAUAUAUGCUAGACCUUCUGCAUAAAUCACAAAUUAACAUUGACUGUUUGUUGAUACAAUUUUCUAUUGAUUACAUAAUGGAAAAAGCAACCGCUCUAAAUGUUAAAUUCAAUGAAUGUGUUGAACUAAUGAGCAAUUUUGAUUUAGAUGAAAUCAAAAAAGAAUUUUGCAUUCAAUACAUGUUGAAAGAUUGUUGUAUGAGUCAAUAUGUGUUGCAUAGUAUAAAAGAAUCUUCUGAUAACAUUGAAAGUUUUAUAGAUGCCUACCACGCUUUUAUGUUAAAAUCAGAUUUUAAUAAACAAUUGGUAAGACAUGAAAAUAAUGGCUCUCAAUCCCUUGAUGCCUACCAAGUAUCUGUGUCUACAGACAAUUUGGAUCGCACCACAUGUGUGAAUUAUGCACAAGCAUUGGAUCCCAAUAACCAAAACAUCAAAGAUUAUAUGUUCAUAGAGACCGAAUCAAACAUAUCCAUAUUGUUUUCAUGUGAAUGGUUAACCUUAAAAAUUAUAUUUUUCCAUGUUCACAAGAUAAAUGGGGUUAAUUCAUUGAACAUUUCGGUUUAUCAUAAUGGUAACCUAAACUUUAUACCUCAACUAACAUUCUGAAGAAUAGUCAUUGUACCAAUAAAAUUGUAUUUAACUAGUUUAAAUGCAAUGAAAAGUUUAUGAUCAUUUCAUUCUGUUUUUGGAUUAUAUUAAACACUUAUGUUAAAAUGUGAUUUCUAAAAUCAUAUAUGAAUUUCAAAGUUGGUUAUGGAAAAGAUUUUAAAUUAAAUUUAAAUUUAUGUAUUUUUUUUUUUAUUAUUCAUAUUAUUAAUAUUUUAAUUCAGUCUUGAAAUGUAAUUUAACAAUUUUAUCUAUAUGUAGUUUACUAUUUUAUUAUUAAACCCUCAUUAACAUUAAUACUUUAUUUGAUGAAGACUAACACCUAUUUAGAUGUUAAAAUUUACUGCACUCUACACAUUAUGUUGUUUGAAUCAAAUAUUUUUUUUUUUUUUUUUAUGUGUAAAAUAAAUUAUUGAUUUGAUAAAUAUGUUUUUUAUAAAUGUAUAUAUUUUUUUUAUUUAUAUUAAUAAUUUAAUUCAGUCUUGAAAUGUAAUUUAACAAUUUUAUCUAUAUGUAGUUUACUAUUUUAUUAUUAAACCCUCAUUAACAUUAAUACUUUAUUUGAUGAAGACUAACACCUAUUUAGAUGUUAAAAUUUACUGCACUCUACAUAUUAUGUUGUUUGAAUCAAAUAUUUUUUUUUUUUUUUGUAUAAAAUAAAUUAUUGAUUUGAUAAAUAUGUUUUUUAUAAAUGUAUAUAUUUUUUUUAUUUAUAUUAAUAUUUUAAUUCAGUCUUGAAAUGUAAUUUUUACAAUUUUAUCUAUAUGUAGUUUACUAUUUUAUUAUUAAACCCUCAUUAACAUUAAUACUUUAUUUAAUGAACACUCACACCUAUUUAGAUGUUAAAAUUUACUGCACACUACAUAAU